AUGCAAGGAAAUGUGGUGGUUAACAAAUACGAUUACAACAAUGUUUUCCAUAUUCAUUAUUUGUAUGUUUUGAUAGCCAUCGUUUUGGCCCUGAUUGGGUUUUUUGUUGGUUCGACAUCGGCGAGGUUUAUAUCGGAUAAUAUUUGCCUAGCAAUGCCAAAUGGACAAAAGUUACCUGUCACUGAUGACUGUGCUUCAUACAUCGUAUGCGAAUAUAAUGUGCAGAAAAUACAACAUUGUUCCUUCGGCACGCUGUUCGAUCCGUACUCAAUGGUGUGCAAUUGGGCCUCAUUUGUUAAAUGUGGUCAAACACCUUCACUACCGCCUAUUAAUAUACCAUCAUCAUCCACCUCACUCUUCAUUCCGACUGCUCCAACACCUACCCGCACGACGUCCUUUAGACCACCUACUAGUUUUCCCAACAUUUCUACCUCACCUGUCAUACCUACGGCUCCCACUCCUUCCCGUACGACUUCUUUCGAACCUCCUACAGGAUUUCCCAGUGUGCCUACCGCUCCUACUCCUCCACCGACUAUGAGCACCACGACCACCAAAAAACCAUAUCAACCACCCUACAUUCCCACGGCUCCCACAGCACCUCCCACAACACGGCCUCCAGCGGUGGUAACUCCCAUCACGACUAUUCGGCCAACAUCUGCACCGCGUCCUGUUAGUACGUCACCACCCUUCUACCCACCGAAAAAUCCAUACCCAUUUUGCACGCCGGAAGAGUUCAGCUUCAUCGCUCAUCCAUCCGCUUGCGAAAGCUACUAUAUUUGCGCCUACGGUAAGCUCAUCCUGCACAGCUGUGGUCAUGGUGUAUACUGGAAUACGGCUACAAAUCAAUGUGACUUUCCGGAAAAUACCGACUGCACUAAUCUACCUAAUCCAGCCGCUCCAGAAACGUCGACUCCGUCCGCUGAAACAACGACCAUAUCAAGUACUCCCGAUUGUUAUGGAAGUGAAAUUUUUUACCCCAAUUACAACGACUGCAGCCAGUACUACAUAUGUAUUGGACUGCAACCAAUCCUGAUGAGUUGCCCGACCAAUUACCUAUGGAACAAUAAUACAGCCCAGUGUGAUCUCCCAACGAAUGCAGUCUGUGCACAGAAAUAA